AUGAGCCGAUACGUGUACGGCCAUGGUGCGGCCCAGGGCUACCAAACCUCGCAGCCCUACGCGAACUCAGCAAACGAACCAUAUAAUCCUGCUUUUUAUCAUAACGACGCAGCUUUGGCUGAACCGGCUCACGGCCAGGGAGUUGCGGAAGCGUAUGAGUAUAAGCAGACUACCAUUCCAGGUUUAGGAAUGAGAUUUUCGCAGGACACUGCAAACUGGCAGCCAACAUUACCUCAGAAAAUCCCCGAUGGUCAAAUGGACUUAAGCAAUGCCAUUACAACGGAUGUGUCGACAAGGCCCGAUAACAACGCUUCCAGCCAUUCGAUAACAUACAACUCGCUGUCGACUAUGGCAAUGGAUGUGGAUAGAAUGGAAGACGGUGAGCUCAGUGAAGGCGAACUCGAAGAUAUAUACGAGCCCAACGGGAUAGAUGGCCCCGAUGCCGAGGAUAAUGGCCCCCGACCGCCAGAUCCUACAGCUGCCAAGCAUCACACGACCGAGAACCUACAAAACAACUACGAUGGCGAGAAACGAGCAUCGAACUCAAAGCAACCCGGUCGCGAGCGUUCCGGCUCAUACUCACCGUAUCUCUCCCCUCGUGAAAUAGAAUCCAACGGCUCGGAAAACGGCAGGUCAAACACACAUAACUCAAGCGUUGCCAAUAACCUUACAAUGACGGAGUCCGGAAUAGUCAUGAAGACGACAGAUGCUAAUGGAGGCGAGUACAGCUCAAGCCCGAGGCCUGACACAAAGCAUAUAGAUACAAUUAUCUCAGAAUCUAAGAAAAGGGCUGAAAAGGCAAUUUUACACCUCUGGCCACUCAAUGUUCGAUAUCACAACUAUAUCGAAGAAGGAAUUGAUCAGGCACUGCUGGAUGAGCUUUUUGGGGAGAUGGGUCUCGACUUGGAAGCCAAUACGGCAAGCCAAGGAGAAGCAAAACGACCAUCGAUGUCAAACGUUGCUAAAGUACCAAGCAAUGCCCUCAAUCAAGAGAGUCCCUUAACGGUAACGAGUACGGCCGCCGCUGGGACUAAGGCCGUGGAGCAGAUGAAAGACAAGUCUGAAGAACGGAAAGACCGUAUAGCCCGUUUAUUGGCUGCCAAAGGCUCCAAAACAGCAGUUGGAGACACUGAUAUUGCUAAGCCUGCACAUCCGAUACCAUUAUUGCCAGGCAACACGAAAACAGACAAGACUAAGAGUCAAUCGGAGAAGUCGAAGCUGAUCCAGCAAAAGAUGGAGGCAUUGAUAAAAGCACGGGAGGCAAACGCGAAGGCGGCGCCCCAAGCGCAUACACCCUCAGAGCCUCACUUACUUCCGCCAGUAACUGAACCCAGCAGGUCGCAAAGUCUUGCGCGUGCUGAUUCCGUGAAUAUUGAUGAGCAAACAGAAGUCAAUGUUGAGAUUGCGGAUCCAGCAACUGCACCUUCUAUUCCUGGGUUAUUUCUGUCAUCAAACGCACCCUCUCCUGUUCCUCACCAACGCAAACGACCUGUUGCAGCGGAGUUGAACGAGAAUUCCACGGCCAUGUCCCAUAAGCGCCCGUUUGGCCAGACUCGAGAGUCUCGUCCAUUCCUAAUCGAUGUGAGCGACGAUGAAGACGACGCUGAGAUGGAAAUUGAUUCUCCUGAGUUGCGGCCUUCGUCAAUACAGCAGCCUAUGACGCCCGGUUCAAGAACAGCAUCUUUCCGAGAUCAUCCAGCUCUGCCAGACAGUGCAUCUCGUCGCGCUGCAUCCAGCCCAAAGACUGCAGGGACUCCCGCCACAAGUGCUAAUGGCAUGUAUGAUCUUGAGAGUAUGAACAAAAAGAUUGAGGACAUGAAGCGAAAAAUUGCUGAGGCCGAGGCUCGUAAGAAGGCAAAACAGUCCGGCAAUAAUUCACCUUUGCCUCAAUCUGGAUCACCUUCAAAGGAGGGCAGCGUCGACGUUCCGACCUCGCCAGCACCUACUGUAAGGCGUGCUGUAUCGACAAAUACCGAAGUGGCUCAAGAUAGCCCGGCGUCAAGUGUGCAUAAUUCUCCACAUGUUAUUGCCAAAUUGCCCAAAGCGAGAAACCAACCAGCGACAGCAAGACCCUCGCUGCGUGCUCGAGUUGCCAGCGAACGCCUGCCUAUUGUUGAAGCUCGGCGAAAGGCACAGGCCGAACAACUCAAGCAUCUAUACUCCGAAGCCGCUAGACUCGAGAACGAGAUUCAGAAGAGUUUGGCUGAAGAAGAGCGAUUGAAGGAAGAUGCUGCAGAAAAUGAGUUGAACGCGUCAACGCCGAACGAGUCUGAGCUGGAGAAUUUCCAGAGGGACAGCUUAGAUAUGGUGACAAAUGCUCGGAGGGCCUCUCAAGAGACAAACUCGAAAGAAACAUUAACUGAGCUUGCAGAGAACGAAAAAGCAAAUCUCUCUUGCGAUGAGGUUGUGUCAGACGCCUCGAUGGACGAAGCCUCGAGCAUUGAGCCCACUAUUAACAGCGAAAUGAUAGACCAACUUCCUCAAGGUGAACUGCAAGAGCUUGAGAAUCGAAGGGCAAAAGAGACUACUAUACCAGGUAGCCCCUCUGCAUUGGCGACAAGAUCUUCCAUCACACACAAUACAGCCGACACAUCUGGCGAUCCUGCCACGAAUGGGGCUGAAGAGGCCGAAGACGAUGUGGCAAUGGAAGAGGACGAUACUUCGAACGAGGAGGAAGAUACCGACGACUACGAGCCAACGCAUGUUGGUGUUCGUCUACCAGGCCCACAGUCCCCUGUUUCCUGGCAUUCUUCGCCCCUUCAUGCACCACUCGAUCAUGGAGUGUUGGAAACAAGCGAUACUGACAUGCAGGGCAUGGCAACGACAACUCCAAUCACUCAACCGAUCUCACUCGGUGAUGGAGAUACGGAAUCUGAAACGCAUCGAGAAGCUGAGGUCCAAAAGGCACCGCGAGUUUGUGAGAAAAUCGAAAAAACCACAUUCGUCCCAUAUGAGACGCCUCUUCAAUACUUUAGGGCUUAUCGCUUUCAUCCUCAGUAUAGCGGUUCGGUGGCCGGGGGGUUACGCUCUUUGACCUACAGCAAUAAGAUCGACGUGACAAAGGAAGUAUGCCCUGACCAGCUUAUUGGAGGAGCUUGCCCUAGAGGCAGCAAGUGCCAAUUCCAGCAUUUCGAAAACAUGCAGGUUCCGGGGGCAAUAGAUGAUCAAAUUCUCCUUCAACUUGGUGCCUACGGCAACUGCGAGGCAGAUCAACAUGAUCAGUACGUUGAAGGACUUCGCGAAUUGCUUACAGACUUUCGCAAACGCAAGGUGAAGGACUUCGAUGCCAUCAGUAACGGUAUUAUCGAGUAUCGUGCGAAGUUUCUUGGCGACAAAACGAAAAUUCUACCAUUGGGUGCUGUCACCCUUUAA